AUGAUGAAGUGGCUAAUUAUUGCCCUCGUCUGCCUCCAACUUUCAGAGGCACUUAUCAAGGUCCCUCUGAAGAGGUUCAAGCCCAUGAAAGAGGUGAUGAAGGAGAAAGGUGUGUGGAAAGACUUCUUGAAGAACCACAAAGUGGAUCCUGCCACCAAGUACUUCAACCAGUUUGCUGCUGGCUAUGAGCCCCUGGCCAACUAUAUGGAUAUGUCCUACUAUGGGGAGAUCAGCAUCGGGACUCCACCCCAGAACUUCCUGGUCCUCUUUGACACUGGCUCCUCCAACCUGUGGGUGCCCUCCAUCUACUGCCAGAGCCAGGCCUGCACCAAUCACCCCCAGUUCAACCCCAGCCAGUCUUCCACCUAUUCCAGCAAUGGACAGACCUUCUCCUUGCAGUAUGGAACGGGCAGCCUCACUGGAGUCUUUGGCUAUGACACCGUGACAAUCCAAGGCAUCUCCAUCACCAACCAGGAAUUUGGCCUGAGUGAGACUGAACCUGGCACCAAUUUUGUGUAUGCCCAGUUUGAUGGGAUCCUGGGUCUGGCCUAUCCUGCCAUCAGCUCUGGUGGGGCCACCACUGUCAUGCAGGGCUUUCUGCAAGAGAACCUGCUCAAUGCCCCUGUCUUUGCCUUCUACCUUAGUGGGUAG